AUGCCCAAAAAUAAAGGAAAGGGAGGAAAGAAUCGUCGACGUGGAAAGAACGAGAAUGAGUCUGAGAAGAGAGAGCUGGUGUUCAAGGAGGAUGGACAAGAGUACGCUCAGGUGAUCAAAAUGCUGGGGAACGGCCGACUGGAGGCGACGUGUUUUGACGGCACCAAGCGGCUUUGUCACAUCAGAGGAAAGCUCCGGAAAAAGGUUUGGAUCAACACGUCAGACAUUAUUCUUGUGGGACUCAGAGAUUACCAGGACAACAAAGCUGACGUCAUUCUCAAAUACAACGCAGACGAGGCUCGGAGUUUGAAAGCCUACGGAGAGCUGCCAGAGCACGCUAAAAUCAACGAGACCGACACGUUCGGACCUGGAGACGACGAUGAGAUCCAGUUCGACGACAUCGGGGAUGACGACGACGACAUUGAUGACAUCUGA